UUGAAUAUGUGAGCCUGUAGUGAGUGGGCUUGUGUUUCUCCACACUUCAAGUUCUAGCGUGUACGUUUAUUUUUAAAUAGUGAUUUUUUUUGUGUGUUAUUGAAUAAGAUCAUGUUUUCUGUCAGGAGCGCGCCUGUGAUUGUCGAGAGUGAGUGCGCGUCAAAAAACUUGACUGCGCCGUAUGCGCGCGCUACUCACAAGAAAUGCUUGUCUGCUCGGCUUAUUUCUCUCCACCUUUCAGAUGAGAAAGGGCUAUAUAGGGAGAAGGGGAAGAGGUUGUUUUAGGGAAAUAAAUUAGCUUCAAAACCACAGAAAGCAGACACGGGUGGAAGGCUUUGGCAAAGGGGCAGAGCAGAUACUAGAAUACAUUAAACCCGAGUCAAUCCUGUUCCAACGGGCAGCGUUCUAAUCAUACCAAGGUCAAUACACCGAACGAGCGCACAAACCCACGUAUUUGAACGUAUUAGGCUGGGUACUGAAUUCGGAGACGGGGAAAUCACCACCAGAAGCUGAAGAUGGAGGGGGUGAUGCAGGGGAUGCAGGCAUACGGAGCGGGGAAGGCUGGAGGAGCCUUCGACCCUUUGACGUUCUUUCAACAGCCUCAAACUAUCCUUCGGCUUGUGUGCUGGCUCUUCUCCAUCGUGAUCUUUGGCUGUAUAGCCAACGAGGGCUAUGUGAACCGGCCUGACGAGAUUGAGGAGUUCUGCAUCUUCAACAGGAACCAGAAUGCCUGUAACUACGCUGUGGGGAUGGGCACCCUAGCUUUCCUAAGUUGUGCUGCCUUCCUGGCCCUGGAUGUCUACUUCCCCCAAAUCAGCAGCGUCAAGGACCGCAAGAAGGCUGUGCUUGCUGACAUCGGAGUGUCUGCAUUCUGGUCAUUUGUCUGGUUUGUGGGGUUCUGUUUCCUGGCCAACCAGUGGCAGGUUGCCAAAGAGGAGGACAACCCUUUAAGGGAGGGCGCGGACGCAGCCCGAGCCGCCAUUACCUUCGCCUUCUUCUCCAUCUUCACCUGGGCGGUGCAGGCCUUCCUGGGCUUUCAGAAGUACAAGCUGGGGGCUGACUCGGCCCUCUUCUCCCAGGAGUAUGUUGACCCUACCGCCGACCCCAACGCUGCGGCCCCCAUGGGCACUGACUACACGGGCUACACCGCCGACAUUGACCCCGCGGCCAGCACAGAGCUAGCCUUUGAUGGCUCCACUGGCUACCAGGGCCAGGAGUACUGAGCCAGAGGGCCAAGGGAGGAGGAGAAGGCCCAGGGAGGGGUAUUUGGCAUCAGGGGUGGUUUAAGGGGACAUGUUUGUGGUUUAUGGGACAUGGGGUGGCUUAAAGGUAGCCAUGUCCCAGAUCUGUUUGUGGUAGGUGUGAUAAUGAAAUACAGAGCCUUCAAAGUAUUCUAACCCUUUGACUUUUUACACAUUUUGUUGUGUUACAGCCUAAAUUUCAAAUUGAUUCUAUCACUGGCCAACACACAAUAGCCCAUAAUGUCAAAGUAGAAUUAUGUUAUUAGAAAUGUUGACAUUAUUUUUUUUUUAUAUAAUAAUAAUUUAAAGCUGAAAUGUCUUGAGUCAAUAUGUAUUCAACCAUUAUUUAUUUUAUGGCAAAAAGCCCAAAUAAGUUCAGGUGUAAAAAUGUGCUUGGUUUGAGCAUGGGGCAGUUAUUAAUUAGAAUUUGCAUGCUGUAUCAAUACACCCAGUCACUUCAAAGACACAGGCAUCCUCCUAACUCAAGGAAUCAUCAGAGAUUUCACCACGAGGCCAAUGGUGACUUUAAAACAGAUUUGAAUGGCAGUGAUAGGGGAGAACUGAGAAUGGAUCAACAACAUUGUAGUCACUCUAUAAUACUAACCUAAAUGAUAGAGUGAAAAGGAGGCCUGUACAUAAUUAAAAUAUUCCUGUUUGCAAUAAGGCACCAAAGUAAAACCUGCAAAGAAAUUAACUAUGUCCUGAAUACAAAAUGCUAUGUUUGGGGUAAAUCCAACACAAAAUAGCACUGACCACCACAUUAUUCAUUUUUUCAAGCAUGGUGGUGUCUGCAACAUGUUAUGGGUAUGCUUGUCAUCGGCAAGGACUAGGGAUUUUCUUUUUUUUAAUAAAAAUAAAUGGAAUAGAGCUAAGCACAGGCAAAAAUAUUAGAGGAAAACCUGGUUGUCUGCUUUCCAACAUAGACUGGGAGACAAAUUCACCUUUCAACAGGACAAUAACCUAAAUCACAAGGGCAAAUAUACACUGGUGUUGCUUACCAAGAUGGCAUUGAAUGUUCCUUAAUUGCCUAGUUACAAUUUUGACUUAAAUCAAUUUGAAACUUUAUGACAAACUUGAAAAGGCUGUCUAGCAAUGAUCAACAACUGACUGGACAGAGCAUGAAGAAUUUAAAAAAGAUUAAUAGGCAAAUAUUGUACAAUUUAAGAUGUGCUAAGCUCUUAAAGACUUACCCAGAAAGACUGAUAGCUGUAAUCGCUGCCAAAGGAUAUAACAUGUAUUGACUCCGGGGAGUAAAUACGUAUGUAAAAUAAGGUAUUUCUGUAUUUCAUUUUCAAUACAUUUCCUAAACUUUUUAAAAACAUGUUUUAACUUUGUCAUUAUAAGGUAUAAGGUACAUUAUUUGAUCAAUUUUGAAUUCAGGCUGUAACAACGAAAUGUGGAAUAAAUCGAGUGCUAUGAAUACUUUCUGAAGGCACUGUAGGAGUUGGCAAGAUAGCACCAACAGAUCUGAGACUUGAGUACCUGACAGGGACUUUGGGUGGCUGACUGGGUGGAACAGGAUCAUGGGUUGGCAUUCACUGUGUGUGUAAGUGAGUGCUACAGCAUUGCCGGGGGAGGUGGAGGCAGGGUAUGGGGGAAAGCGAGGGACUUCUUAGAGGCCAUGGUCGGUGUCUGGAAG